AUGUAUUUGAGGCAUGAAGUGUUAAAGAAGCCGCCUUUGCUGCGUCUGCUAAGCAGGGAGGCGAAGCUUCAUGGUACUUCGGAUUUGGCAAAGCUCAACGAGCUGGCGACCCAAGGAGAAGUUACGGAGGCAGAGGCAGUGUUUCGACAGCUGGAGGAUGUAAGCUACUCGUGGAAGCCGUCGAGCAGGAGAGUGCUGUGGAAUACUAUGUUGAAGGCCUGCGCAAAUGCAGGAGACAGCCAGGCGGCAGAGCAGUUGUAUCAAUCAAUGCUCAGUAUACGAGUUGAACCGAACCACAAGACGUUUGGGAAGCUCAUAGAGGCCGCCGCGAAAAGCGCGCAGCCGCAGCAGGCCGCGAUUUGGCUGAAGGAAAUGCUGCACUGCAGCUUCGAGCCACGUCUAUUAAACUAUAACGAACUAAUCUCUGCCGCGGCGAAUGGACAUGAUCUGGAUUCAGCGAAGAGUUGGUUGUGGCACAUGGGGGAAAGGAGAUUGCAGCCAAACCUGGUUUCUUACAACUCCGUCCUCAGCGCUGCAGCCAAGAAAGGCGACCUUCACACCUGCACGGCCAUGUACAAUACAAUGCAGAGUUCUGGCAUCCGUCCGGAUGCCAUUACUUUCAACACCAUAAUCAGUGCGACCGCACGGGCGGAGUCUGGAAUUACUGCAGCUGGCGAAUGGCUCGGAAUUAUGAAGUCGGCCACGGUGGCGCCAGGAGCAGAAACUUACAACGCGCUCCUGGACGUUGCCGCCAAGCACCAAGACGUCCAAGCUGCCGAGCGGUUCUUCCGCGAGCUCGUCGCUGAGGGAUGGCAGCCCUCCGUCGUGUCCUGGCGGACCUUGAUCGCUGCAAGCACGGGUUCUGGAGAAGUGCACUCGGCACGAAAGGCGUUGAGAGCAAUGUCUGCUUGCAAGAUCCAGCCGGAUGCGGUGACCUAUGCAACGCUUCUGCGGGCGGAGCAGAGAUCCAGCAGCCACCCUUGCGCAAGGAAGCAGAUGCCAGAACCCUCGCAAGAAGAUGCUGGCAUCGUCAUGAACAUCCUCGCAGAUGCAGCAGCUGAAGCAGCUGACGUUUCCGGUGCGGAGCAGGUUUUGUUGCAAUUCAGGAUGCUGGGGCUGCAGCCAGACCGCUUCACUUACACGGCUGUCAUCAAGGCGUGCGUGGUCGCAGGUGAUGUGGAGCGUGCAGAGAGCCACUUUGCUUCGAUGAUGCACGAGGUUCAACCAGACCUCGCGGUGUUUGGCCUCCUCCUCCGGUCCUGCCUUUUAAUGCCAUUAGGAAUGCGCCAGAGGAAAGCUACAAGAUGGUUUCGUUUGAUGUGUGCCAGCCGCCUAUCGCCUUCCGUACUCGAGUACACGCAGCUGCUGCAAGCUCUGGCUGAUGAGCCUGCCACCACCACAAGCCGAAACCAGCAGCACCCAGUGGCAGCAUGUCCACAAGUUGGCGAGUCUCACGCUUUUGAUGAGCCUAUCCCAGAUGUGGAGAAGGUAUUCCGUGAAAUGCUUGGGAAGGGCGUUCGCCCAACCCGCAUCACAAUCAGAGUAGUCGAGAAGGUGUUGGGGCGUCGGGUCGUGAAGAGAGUGCUUGAGGAACUAGAUAUAGAUGAGAUGUUAUUGGGUGACUUGUCUGCGGCUUAUUUCCAGAGGCGCCGCGCAUUGGUCGCCCCAAGGGCGCAGGAAUGCGAACGCCAAAAACGCCGCAGUUAUUUGAGGCCGACUCAGACAUUGGCGGCAGCUGACCAAAAAACAAAUGCGCACUGUCGGCGGGCCAUCUGCAGAUUUGCCCCGCCAAGCAAAGAACUAGUGGAGACUCGUGACUCUGGCCAAGAAGAUCAGAACGGUACCGAUGAGAUGCACUUGCAGGGAUGGGCGGCUAUUUGGAGGAGAUGGGGGCAGCGCCGUUUAGCCACACUUCGGCUGCAGCUUGAAAAUCCCGCUCAUUUGCCCGGUGAACGUCCCUUUGACCUUGGCCCGUUCGCGUGCCACCGCGUGCCUGCAGAUGCUGAGCCGAUGCGUUUGGAUCGCUGGCUCCAGAAGCAUGUUUGCUCAAACUGGAAUGCUGGCCAAAAGCUGAUAAGCUCAAGGCAGGUCUGGGUGAUGAGCCCGAAUGCGACUGCAGAGCAGCAUCGCGGAAGCGUCGUGAUUCCGCGCUUUCGACCUAUGUGUCAAGGGCGGACACCGUUGAAAGCAAAUGACCUGGUGUACUUUCCGAAGGUCAUGAGCCCCGUGCCUAAGAAGCGCUUGCCGGUGCAACAGAAGGAGGAAACUCCCGGAUGGUUGCUCAGACGAAUUAUCUACAAGGACACCGACUUCCUGGUCUUGGACAAACCUUCUGGGUGGUCCGUCGCUCCAGGCAAGCAUGUCGGUGGAAUGCACUUGCUGAGAUUGCUGCCCAGCCUCCAGUUCGGAAUGGAGGAGCCACCACGGCUGGUCCACCGCCUGAGCACGGAGAUGAGCGGUGUGCUGCUGCUUGCGCGGCACAAGGCUGCGGCAUCUUUCGCCAAAGACAUGGUGGCACAACGCUCUUUCUGGAAGCGAGAGCUAUGGGCUGUCGUUUGUGGACGGACCCCCAAAUCAGGGCAAGUCUCGAUGCCUUUAGCUUUAGAGAGGCUCGGCAAAGGUUCCGUUGCGAAACCUGUCAGAGAAGAUGACGGUGGCCUGCCUGCCAUGACUGAAUAUUCUUCGGUUUUGUAUUCUCCGCUCGCUGGUGGCUUGACUCUCCUGUCCAUGAACCCAUAUAGCGGACGGUAUCACCAGACACGCGCACACUGUGCCUUUGGGCUGCGUGCACCCAUGGUGGGCGACCCGGUCUAUUAUCAGAUGUCCAACGAGCUUUCCACAGUCUCCGACUUCAAAGUGAAGUACCACUCUGCCGAGGCACGGCGCGAACGUGCCGAGCUCUUGGGUGCGCAGCCCCGCUUGCAUUUGCACAGCCGGCAGCUGACCAUCAAGACGUUUGCUGGAAAGGAAGUGACAGUUACCGCGCCGCUCCCGACACACAUGUCCACAACUUUCCAUGCUCUUGGAUGGUCUGCGUGGCUGAGGCGUGCUGAGCGACGGGCCGCCUUGGAAAGUGCGUGGCGGGCCGAAGAGGACCCGCAUGUCAUCGAAGCCCUGGCGCAGGCCCGUAUCGAGCACGAGCGCCACGAGAAUGGCCCAACGACGCCGGGCGGCUCUGCCGGCUCUGCUGCUCCAGCCACAGCGCAAGAGGAGGAAGAGGAACAGGAGCCCACAGAGCCUUCGGUGCCAGAGCCCGACUCCUCGAUCGAGUUCCCGGCUAGUCCACGCGGUCGCAGGUCGCGAAGAAAAACUUGA